AUGCUCCCAAAGCUUACUCAUCAUCAAUCGGUACGCAGCAGCGAGCAAACAAUUUUCUAUCGUCUGGCUAAGCAGAUUGAAACACUGCAAGAGGCAAAACCUAAAAACAACAGCUUAUGUAAACAGACGUCUUUGUUUUCAAUCAACACGAUUAACCUUCAAGGCUUUGAAUGGCAGCUUUUUCAUAGAAAAGCAAGACCGUUUACAUAA